CUUCAGCGGACGUUGGGCGGCCCGCCGUUGGCGGGCUGUGCACGGGAAUCCCUGCCCCUGUCCCAGUAGUCCCCGGAGUCUCGCGCCCGCCCCGCCUCUUCCCCUUUGAAGUUUGUGGACAAGGAGAUACUUCUGAAACGCAUGCGCCGAGUCCAAGCAAAGCGCGUGAAGCAAGCCAGGCCGACUGCGCAUGCGUAGUCGCGACUGGGCGUUAGAAGAAAAUGGACUCCGUCCGAUGACCCAAGCAUUGCGCAUGCGUCGUACGGCGGCUUGAAGCCGAACCUCGGAGGCCCAGGGCGCCUUUUUGCACAUGCGUAGGAGGCUCAAUGACAGUCGGGCGUUGCCUAAAGGCUGCGGGGAAAGGGUCUAGCCAUGCUGCAUGUGACCCGAGGGGUCUGGGGAUCCAGUGUCCGAUUAUGGCCUCUGUUGCCCUCGUUCCUCGGUCACCCCCGGGCCCUGUCAUCGCUGGCGGCCAAGAUGGGGGAGUACCGCAAGAUGUGGAACCCCACGGAGCCCCGCGACUGGGCCCAGCAAUACCGCGAACGGUACAUCCCGUUCUCCAAAGAGCAGCUGCUCCGCCUCCUGAUACAGGAGUUCCAUUCCACGCCUGCGGAGAAGGCGGCCUUGGAGGAGUUCACAGCCCACGUGGAUUUUUGUACCUUGUUCCACUACCAUCAUGUCCUGACCCAGCUGCAGGCCUUGUAUGACCCCAUCAACCCCGACAGGGAGACUCUUGACCAGCCUUCACUUACAGAUCCUCAGCGUCUGUCCAGCGAGAAGGAAGUGCUUCAGGCCCUGGAGCCCCUGCUGGCCCAGGCCAACUUCUCCCCACUCACAGAGGACACCCUGGCCUACGCUCUGGUGGUCCAUCACCCUCAGGAUGAGGUCCAGGUGACAGUAAAUUUGGACCAGUAUAUCUACAUGCAUUUCUGGGCCUUGGGCCAGCGAGUUGGGAAGAUGCCCCGUAAGUCCAGCGUGGGCUCCAAGCGUGUCUUCUUCAAAUCGCCCCCUGCAGAGAGGAGAUACUUUAAGCGGGUGAUACUCGCAGCCCGAACGAAGAAGGGGCAUUUAGUGCUGAAGAGCUUCAAGGAUACGCCAUUGGAGGGCCUGGAGCAGCUGCUGCCUGAGCUGAAGGUGCGCACGUCCACCCUGCAGCGUGCCAUCCUCAACGUCACACUGAUCGUCUCGGGUGUAGCGUUCUUUGUCAACGUGGGCAUGGUGGUGCUCUCUGACCUCAAGAUGGCCACCUCCCUGUUGCUGCUGUUCUUCGCUGCUUUCAUGGGCCUGCGGGCCGCCAAGAUGUUCGGACAUCGGCGCAGCGCGCAAGCACUGGAGCUGGCGCACAUGCUUUACUACCGCAGCACGUCCAACAACGCGGAGCUGCUCAGCGCCCUGGUCCUGCGCGCUCAGGAUGAGCACACCAAAGAGGCCCUGCUCGCGCACAGCUUCCUGGCCCGGCGGCCCGGGGGGGCAAAGCGCCCGCCGGAAGCAGAGACCUCCCAGUGGCUCCAGUCGGAGGUGGAGAACUGGCUUCUAGCCCAGUCAGGCUGUGACGUGGCCUUCAACGGAAAGAGGGCCCUGGCCCACCUGCAAGCCCUGCCCCCCACCGUCGGGAUGUACCCGCCCCCGGGCCUCCCCAAACUAGACCUGUUGGCUACUAUCUCUUCCCCCAAGUCCGCACCGAGCGAUGACAACUCCUUAGAGAAACCUCUCGGCCCGGCCCAACCCAGCCACCUGGUUGGGAACUAAGCGCCGCCUCCUUGACAAGCUGUCAAUCAUGGCUAAGAUGCUUCGCCCCUCCCCAACUUCCAAUUACUCGUUACCACUUCCGUUAUGCUGUUUUCUUAAACAAAGCCGCCCACUGAGGCAGCCCGCCGUUGCCAGGCGCCCCUCUUCCGAUGAACAGCCAAUCAAAGCUUUUUGGCUUUGCUUCUGGUCCAUCUCUUACUCCCUCCUUCAACAUACACUUCUUUUUUUUUUUUCAACAUAAACUUCUAAACGUAGUUUGGCUGAGGAGGGAGGGCCAGCCAAUCACAGCCGUGCAACACUACACACCAACAGGCCCAGUUGUUAAACUGUGCCCUCCGGAGGCCAUAUAUCACUGUCUGUUUAGCCCGUACCGGGCAAAAUGCCCAUCAUGUUCACCGAGGCGGAGCUCCAGCCUGCAGCCAAUGAGAGCCUUUUAGUCCGGUCCUCUGGCAAACUGCCAGUGAGACAGCUGCCGGGCAGUACCAACCUUGGGCAGCCAGUUGUCCCUGUGGAGAAGCAACCAAUCAGAAUUUCUGAAGGAGACCUGCUGUUUGUAUCAAUUGCGCUACUUAUAAGGCAGGCCAUUUGGUCAACUGCCAAUCAGCUUGUCCAGGCUGAAGGGGUCGGGAGCUUUGUGCCCAGCGGAAAGCUGUGGACCAGGAGGAACCAGAAACCAAGGCUCACAUCCACUCAGGCCCCAACAACAAAACUCAGGUGCCUUCGCUGCCCAGGCCCCUCACCCUUUCUACAGAAACUACCUCGGCCUGGAUCUUGCCUCCACCAGUGCCCUGUGCAAUAUUUAUUGGUCUAUCAAUUUCUCCCCUAUCCCUUCUCCCAAAGGAAUAAAUCAUGUUUCAUAAAUCUGGA